CCUUGAAUUGGUUUUGUUCCAUCUCUAUCCUAUCCGAUGGGGAUAGCUCUAACCGUAUCUCUUUUCCCUUAACCGUGACAGGCAUCCAAUUUAUUAAAUGUUAGGAGGAGUUAGUGAAAUGGAAUGUAGAUCUAUAUACAAAGUGUUAGAUAAUUUGGGUGCUCAGAGAUCAGAAGAAGAUUUCAUAACCGUGAAAGAAGUGUUGGCCAUGGAGACCUCAAAGCCCAAGAGGAACAUGUAUGUCAUUGCCUGUGCAGUACUCGCAUCUACCAAUUCGGUUUUGUUGGGUUAUGAUAUUGGAGUGAUGAGCGGGGCCGUUCUGUUCAUUCGCAAGGAUCUGGACAUAAAAGACCUGGAGGUGGAGAUUCUGAUCGGCUCACUGAAUAUUAUAUGCCUUUUAGGGGCGGCUCUGGCUGGGAAAACGUCGGAUGCGGUGGGGCGAAGAUGGACAAUGGCUUUGGCUGCCCUCAUAUUUUUUGUCGGCGCAGUUGUGAUGUCGCUAGCGCCGUCUUUCGCGUGGCUCAUGGUGGGCAGAUUAGUGGCCGGCAUGGGCGUUGGCUACGCGCUCGUUAUUGCUCCCGUCUACACGGCCGAGGUGGCUCCUGCCUCCACCCGCGGAACGCUCACCUGCUUUCCCGAGAUCUUUAUUAACUUGGGAAUUCUGCUGGGCUACGUUGCCAACUAUGCAUUUCAGGGCUUGCCGGCGCAUUACAGCUGGCGGGUGAUGCUGGGUAUGGGUGUCAUUCCUCCCUUUUUCAUCGGCGUCUUUGUGCUCUUCAUGCCCGAGUCUCCACGGUGGCUCAUCAUGAAGAACCGCAACGAGGACGCCAUGAAAGUGCUACUCAGAACCUCCGACAGUGAAGCCGAGGCAGAGGAGCGGCUGGCGCAGAUCAUGGAAGGAAUUCAGUACGCUCAGAAGAAUCUCAAGAAAGGAGGUCAGAGCUCGGAGGUGGAUCCGUUGAAAAGCGAGGGAGAGGGAACAUGGGGAGAAUUGAUAUUCAAGCCAACGCUGACUAUUAGGCGUAUGCUGAUGGUUGGUUUGGGCGUGCAAUUCUUCCAGCAGGCCUCGGGCAUUGAUGCCACCGUCUAUUACAGCCCCGUUACUUUCAAGAAGGCAGGAAUUAAGAGCCAAAACGCCAUACUCGGGGCGACAAUGGCCAUGGGAUUCGUCAAGACCGGAUUUAUUGUAUUGGCCGCGUUUUUCAUAGACAAAGUGGGGCGGAGGCCGCUGUUGCUCACCAGCACAGCCGGUUCGACUUUAUCCCUGGCGGGUCUGGCCUUGUGUCUCAUCGUUGUGGGCAAAACGUCCGGCUCAGCCCACGAAGCCUUCGCAUUUUUAGCUGUGAUUGCAGCGUGUUCUAAUGUUGCCUUCUUUUCCAUCGGGCUGGGUCCUGUUAACUGGGUAAUGGGGGCCGAGAUAUACCCUCUUCGCCUCCGGGCCAAGGCGGCUGGAAUUGGUGUAGGGGUUAACAGACUUGUGAGUGGAGUGGUUUCUAUCACAUUUCUAAGCUUUUCCAAGGCAAUCAGUGUGCCUGGUGUCUUCUUUUUCUAUGCGAGCUUUUCUUUUCUGGCAGUGGGGUUUGUGUAUUGGUUUGUGCCGGAGACCAAAGGUAAAACACUGGAAGAGAUUGUGGAAUUCUUCAACAUCAGAUCUUCGGGAAAGACGGCUACUCCCAGCGAAUUGGAGCUUGGGAAUGGCAAAAGCAGUACAAGACCGACAGAGGCAACACAAGCUACAGAGCCUACGGAAUCAAAAGCGUAAUGGAUUGCUUAAACUUGAAACUGAAAAGAAAAACUGCCAUCGCAUUGUUGCUUAUAUUAGAAAUAACAAUGCGACAAGUACGCCAUUAAUUUGUAUGAUUGAUUUUAAAUUGUAUGAGUUAAAGGGACGUAAUCAGUUACAGAUAAUUUGUUUAGCUUUGGAUGUACAUAAAAGAUGAAUUUAUUUUAAUCCAGGAGAGGUCCGCCCGGACAAAAGACUGAAGGGAACGAUAGGUAACGGGUUAAUCUCGAAGUAGAUGAAUCUGUAAAGCGAAUGUUAAAAACAGUGGAGAGUGGGGACUAAUUGAGAGGACAUAUUAUGAACCA